AACUUUUUAAAUCCUGGUGCACAUACUGUCGAGCUCACUGCAGAGACACACUUGUGAGAGGAGAGAUUCAUAGAGGCCUACAAGAUGGCCCAGGCAGACAGCAAGGUGCUGGUUCUGGGAGCGCUGGCUGGAGUGGCUGGAAUCAGUUUGGCUGUGGUGUGUUACCAGGGCUUCAGGUCAAGACGAAGAGCCUCGUUCCCGGGGUUCUACCUCAACCGCACUAAUGAACAGGGGACUGGCGUCAUGUUGCCGGAUGGUCCAGGUCUACCCAGGGGUCAUGCUGAGGUGCUGGAGCGCCUCGAGGCCCUGUUCCAGUGUGUGUCCGAGCUGAAGGAUGAGAUGAAGUCGUUGAAGAAUGCUCUGCCAGUACUGCAGGACCAAGUCAGGGAGGAGCUGAGGGGACGCCCUCUCAACAGGACCACACCAACACGAAGGAAAAGGGCGGCAGGCACCCUCACCAGGGCCAGAGCCGAGGGUCGGAGCUCAGAGGAAGCGGAGAGUGAGGGAGGGUAUAUGACUGCACUGACAGACUCCGAGGAAGACGAGCUACGUGAUGCAGAAGAGGGGGAUCGAGAACAACCUGCAGACAAGUUGUCUGUCCUCCUUGAGAGGAUUGACCGUUUGCAUCAGGGCACUGAAGGGGACAAAAAGGAAAGUCUUAACCUCCUUUUGGAGCAUAGACGGGAGUUUGGACAGAACUCAGAUUUUCUUUGGCGGCUAGUCCGAGCUCACUGUGAUGUUCAUGACAUCAGCUCCACUCUGGAGGAGAAGAAGACCCAUGCAGAAACAGGGAAGAAAGUUGGUGAGGAAGCAGUGAGUCUGAACCCUACAUGUCCUGAGUGUCAUCAGUGGUAUGCCAUCAUGUGUGGAAUUAUGGCAGAAUAUGACACAGUACAGAACAAAAUAAAGAACGGGUACAUCUUUAAGGAUCAUCUGGAUAAAGCCAUUGAGCUGAAACCGCAAGACCCCUUGUCUUACUACCUGCUGGGCCGCUGGUGCUACGCUGUGGCUCAGUUAUCAUGGAUUGAGAGAAAGGUUGCUACAACAUUAUUUGGAGAGCCUCCAAGUUCCACAGUUGAAGACGCACUGAAGAAUUUUCUGAAGGUUGAGGAGCUCAAUCCAGGAUAUUCCAAACUCAACUAUGUGUUUCUUGCUAAGUGCUACAAAGACCUGGGCCAGAGGGAUAAGGCUCGGAAGAUGUGUGAAGCUGCUUGUUUAAUGAAUGCUGUGUCCAAAGAGAAUGAAGAGGCACAAAAGGAGCUGGACUUACUCUGCCCAGCGCUAGGAGUGUGACAACAGCAAUAGCACAUUCUUUUGGAAAUGUAUUUUCCAUGUGCUAUGAGCAGUGUAGGUGUGGAUAUAGAGUGUAUUGAGAGACCACCAUGUUAAUUCACUCUGUGAGUGGAGGGAGGAGUGCUGUGGCAUUAUAUCAUCAAUGGGAGCAACAGGCUUCCACAGUCAGAACUGUCCAAUGUCGUUAGACUUGUAUUCUAAGUGUAAUGUGUUUUUUAAUAGUGGAAAACAAACUUUUCACACCUGUUUGUAUCAAAUCAGUGAGAGCAUUUGUUUUCCCUCGCUCAAAUAAUCAACUCUAUGAGGUGGGUUUUUGUUGAUUUUAAUUGUUAAAAGAAGUUGGAUUAAUCAUAAGUUGGCAGUGUGUAGUAAACAGAGGUCCAAUGAAUCCGCCUGCGUUGGGUUACGGCUGUGCCGCUGUUGCCGGAGCUUAUCGCGGCCAUUCUGGUCAAUGCUUGUGAGUCCACCAGACGCACCGCCGCGUCUCCCAGAAGCAUCCCAGACGCUGCUCUCCUCUCCGCAGAGAAUAGGUAGCUAGUCUAUUUUUGACGAAAGCCCUGGAAGCACAGAGUAGAUCAAACCGGGCAGGAAGUCACAUAGAACGGCAGAGAAUCUGGUCAACUUUCAAAAUAAAACACCCUGUGCAGACUCCCGAUUAGGGAUAAAACGGUAUGAAAAUUUCAUAUCACGAUUAUAGUGACCAAAAUUAUCACAGUUAUCAGUAUUAUCACGAUAU